AUGGCCCCGCGGCCCGCCCCUCCCCUCCCCCCGGCACUGCAGAGGGCGCCCCUCCCCCCUCCCCCGGCUUCGGGGCACGUGCACGCGCUCACACGCCCCAAGCGCAAAGGGAGCGAGGACACACCUCACCCGCUCGCGCCCGCGCCCGUCUCUCUCUUUUCAUGCCCCACCCCACCCCAUACUGGCAACAUCACGCUGUCCACCCCGGAUUCGCUCCCCGAUCUAGAAUUUCCGUCCAGGGCACCCGAGCUCAGCGACGGCGGCGGGUCCCCGAACGCCGCCUCUCCAUCUCCGCCCAGCCCCGCCCCUUCUCCCCGCCAGGCGAGGCUUUAUGUCUGCGGUGCCAGAGCGCCUGCGCAGACGCCAUCUUCCCUGGCCCCCUCCCCCGGCCGCCGCUGCCUCCUCCUCCUCCUCUUCUUACCGCCGGACGCUCCUCCUUCUUCUGCGCCCGGGCUCGGGAGCCCGUCCCUCUUCUGCCAAUGCCGUGAGAGACAGUCGGGGAGACGGCGUAGCCGGGGCAGCCGGAGGAGAGUACUCUUAACAACCCCCCCCAGCCGCCCCCUCCCCAACCCCCCUCCCCGGCGCACCCGACACCUUUUCCCCUGUCCGCGAUCCCUCCUCCCCUUCCCCCAGCCGCCCCCUCCUCCUGCUCCAUUGAGAGGCGCCUGUCCGUCCGUCGGGAGCCCCGGCCCCGGCGAAGCCGCCGCGGAGAAGAACCUCACGCCCCCUGGCUGCUGCCCCGGCGCCGGGAGGACCUGCCUGCCUGCCUCUUCUUCUUCCUCCCCGAGGGCCGAGGACUGUGUGCCGCCGGGUUGCGCCCGCAGCCCUCCGCCAUCCCGGAGGGAGGAAGAUGUUGGGGUUCCGCGGCUGCCAGUGAUGGAGCGGUCCCUGGGCUCUCACAGCCGCUGCUGCCCCCGCCCCCGCCCGCCCGGCCACCGCUGUUCCUGCCACCGUCGCCGCCGCCGCCCCCCGACUGGGUGCGAGGAUCUCUGCCUGCCUCCUUCCUCUAUCUCCCCCCCCCACCCCCUCCUCCCCUAGUGAAGCGGACUGUAUAAAAGGGGGUGGAGAGGACCAGAAGGAAAAGUGAAUGGCCGAGGACUGAUAGUGUCACCCCUUCCCCCAUUUUUGCCUUGUUCACUCUCAUUCAUCCCCCUUGCUGAGCCCGAAGGCCCCGGCGGCGGCCGCAGCGAAGGAGGAGGAGCGGGGACCGUGCCUCAGGCUCUUGCGCCGUGAACACAAAGAUCCCUGUGCGGGGCGCAGACACAAUGCACCAGCCGCCCGAGGCCACGGCUGCCGCCGCCGCCGCCGCCGCAGACCUUGGGGCUCGGAAGAUGGCGCACCCAGCCGCGGUCCCUCGAAGGGGCAGCAGCAGCAGCAGCGGCGGCGGCGGCGGCGGCAGCGGCGGCUCAGCCCCCUUGAGCGCCGCGGGCCCCGGCGUGGGCAGCCACGCCGCCCCGACCGAGGACUACGCGCGGGAGGCAUCGCUUCCCGGGGCGGCGGCCGGGGGGCCGGCGCCGCCGCCGCCCCCGCAGAGCCUCCACCUCCUCUCGCAGGCCCCUUCGCUCCCCGCACCGCCCGGCGGGGCACAGAUGAAGAAGAAGAGCGGCUUCCAGAUCACGAGCGUGACACCGGCUCAGAUCUCUGCCAGCAUCAGCUCCAACAACAGCAUA